CGGCGUUCAAAGCAAACAUGAUGCUCAGCGUGAACAGAAGGACGAGCCUGCUGGCAGGUACACAGCGCGGACGCUGAGCCCGGCAGGGCCGGCUGCUGGGAGAGGUCUCCUCGGGGGCCCCCACGCCUCUCCUGCUCCGGGUGAUGCCCCAGUUCACCUUCGCGUGCUUCUGCGGGCUCCAUGGCUUCUGCAAGAUGAAGAGGAAGAAGGAGGAAUCCAGCGCGGAGCAGGAGACGGCGGUGUGAGGAGCAGACGGGCCUCGGGACGCCGGAGCUGCCGGGGGGGGACAUUUGGUGCCCCUUCUCCUCUCGCCUCACCAGGGACCAGCUCCCUUCACGCUGCGGAGAGACCUGCUUGGCCAGGAGAGAGCCGAAACAGAGGAAUGGCCACACCGAGAGGCACAAGGAGGCGUUGCGGACAUUAUCUGGGUGCUGCAGACAUCCUGCACGGACUCCCCAAGCCCUCGGCAACCCAACGGCCACUGUCGGAUGCUGCCUGGAUCCCAGCAGGGCAGAGGAUUCCCCCCUGAGCCCGCUGCCAAGGCACACAGACAGACCCCCAAGGGGUUUUCAGUAGCCAGGGCCAGGCCUUGUCCCUCCCGGAGCCGUAGUGCUGGGAGGCUGGCCUGGGGUGGUAAGUGGUCUCGCUGCUGCAGAACAGGCCGAACUAAAAACAAGCCGUACUUUCAAUUAUUAUUUUUUUUUAAGCAUCUCUCGAGAAAAUGCCUGGGACUGCAAGAAGCCAUUCUCCACUCUUUGGCUGUGCCUGGCCCCACAGCUGCAGCACACCGAAGCAUUUCGGGGACACCAAAUGCACCAACCAGCUUGGACACAGCUCCCGUGGGACCAGGGCGGAGGGGACACGGCAGUGGUGACACCUGCCUGCAGGCACCUGAGCAAUGUGGCUCAGCGGGGGAUUGAUCUUGGUUGGCAAAUGGGCCAGCAGCCCCGAGC